AUGGCUCGAUCUAUGGUAGUCGCGCUCUCCGAGAUUCCAACACUAUCGUCAUUCUAUCGUUCACGCAUCCAGGUGAACGCGGAUCCCUGGCAGGUUGCGGCUCAAUCUCUGAACGAUAAUAUAUCUGUGAUAUGCUCAGAUAUCACGGAACUGGAAGUAGAUUGCAUCGUCAACGCCGCUAAUGGAUCCCUCCUGGGUGGUGGCGGUGUUGAUGGCGCCAUUCAUCGCGCUGCCGGCCCUCGGCUGCGCGAUGAAUGUGCAAAACUGGACGGCUGUCAAACGGGAGACGCAAAGAUCACUUCAGCCUAUGAGUUGCCCUGCAAAGCGGUGAUUCACACCGUGGGACCGAUCUACCACAGAGCGCAAGGUGAUGCCGAGUCUCUGCUGCGUUCGUGUUACCGUCGCAGUCUCGAGGUGGCCGUGGAGCACAAGAUGCGGAGCAUCGCUUUCUCGGCCAUCAGCACUGGCGUGUACGGCUAUCCCAGUGGGAAGGCUGCAUUGGCCGCCAGCGAUGAGGUGCAAAAGUUCCUGAUCCGGCCUCAGAACCUAGAUAGGCUGGACCGUGUCAUCUUCUGCAAUUUCACUGAGAAAGAUCAGAUGGCAUACCAAAAGGUCCUACCGUAA